AUGGCGGACCCUGAAUGCCCUCCAGAGUCAUCUGAUUUCCAGGCGAAAGCACCCGCCAGCUUAUGCGCGAAGCGACAACUGUUGGCCGCCUUCUCAACAACCGAUGUGACAAUCCGCCGACUGAAUCUACUACUCUCUGAGGCGAACGGACAAGAGCGAGUACUAGCGACUGUCAACUAUGUCGCCUCAAUACUCCACCACCUCACUGCAUCAGCGCCCUGGAUAGCAUUACAAACAAGGCUGGGUAUCCUUGCACGAUUGAAGGGUCGUAUACCCACCAAGAAUGUUACUCCCGCGUCAUCAAAAUCGAAAUUCAUGGCCCUUUCCACCCUCGCAUCGGAGACGAGAUAUAACUUGCGUCUGUUCGGGCUGCUCCCUUUGUGGAUCUGGGGAGUUGAAACCCUCAAAUCACCGCCAGCCGACCCAAUCAUCCAUGCCCUGACCGUCCUGCAGGUCAUCUCGAACGUGAUCUAUCAGCUUCUCGAGAACGUGGGCUACCUUGCUUCCAAGGGGGUUGUCUCGAAGCGCUUCGUGGACAAAUACGGAGGCCUUGCCAAAUGGGAUCUUUGGAGUACUCGUGGAUGGUUCGGGCACAUCUUCUUCCAGUUCUUCGUGCUCUGGCGCCAGAGCGUGCUGCGCAGACAGCGGUUGGCUGCACAGCGCGCGGCUGCCGGCACGGUCGAGACUAAGGAGACCAAGGCCGAGGAUAGCGAGGCACUACGUUUGGAGAUCCGGGCUUGGCGAAAGAGCUUGGUGAACAACACCUUCUGGGCACCCUUGUGUCUGCACUGGUCUGUCGAGAAAGGCAUCGGUAUACCCGCUAGCCUGACUGGGCUUAUCAGCUUCUGCGCCGGAGCUUGGAGUCUCCAUGACUGCUGGGCUGGAACCGCGUCUGUCAAAGCGUAG